GAAACAAGCAAUUCGACACACUUCUCGAGCCUCCACAGAGCUUUCGAGAGACCACCGUUCGCCUUCUCAGUUUCAACGUAACUGCAGCUUAGCUCUAGCAAGAUGACAAUCACCAAGUACAAAGCGGCGGCUGUCACGUCUGAGCCAGGAUGGUUCGACCUCGAAGCCAGUGUACAGAAGACCAUCAACUUCAUCAAUGAAGCAGGCAAAGCAGGUUGCAAGCUGGUGGCGUUUCCUGAAGUUUGGAUUCCUGGGUACCCUUACUGGAUGUGGAAAGUCAACUAUCUCCAGAGCCUCCCCAUGCUGAAAAAGUAUCGCGAGAGCUCUCUUCCCGUCGACUCGGAGGAGUUCCGCUGCAUCCGAAGGGCGGCCCGCGACAACCAAAUUUACGUCUCACUUGGUUUCUCCGAGAUUGAUCACGCCACACUCUACCUAGCCCAGGCCCUGAUUGAUCCCGAGGGCAACGUGAUCAACCACCGUCGCAAGGUUAAGCCAACCCAUGUCGAAAAGCUUGUUUACGGUGAUGGGUCAGGGGAUACGUUCUUGUCCGUCACGGAGACCGGGAUUGGACGCCUGGGCCAGCUCAACUGCUGGGAGAACAUGAACCCCUUCCUCAAGGCACUGAACGUCUCCGCCGGUGAACAGAUCCAUGUUGCUGCUUGGCCUGUCUACCCUGGCGUCGAGCGCCAGGUUGCGCCCGACCCUGCCACAAACUAUGCGGAUACUGCGUCAAAUUUAGUCACCCCUGCCUAUGCCGUCGAGACAGGGACAUGGACCCUGGCCCCGUUCCAACGGCUCAGCGUCGAGGGUCUCAGAAAGACGACCCCCGACGGCGUGGAGCCCGAGACGGACCCGUCUCCUUACAAUGGCCACGCGCGCAUCUAUCGCCCUGACGGAAGCCUGGUCGUGAAGCCGGACAAGGAUUUUGACGGGCUCCUCUUUGUCGACAUCGAUCUCGAUGAAACCCACCUGACCAAGGUCCUCGCUGAUUUUGCAGGGCACUACAUGCGUCCCGACCUCAUCCGUCUGCUGGUGGACACCAGGCGCAAGGAGCUGAUCACUGAGGCGGACCCUGAUGGAGGCAUCGCGACGUAUUCCACUGCCCAUCGUCUUGGCCUCGACAGACCGCUGGAUGCCAAGCCUGAUAACGAUUUUCAGGGCAAGGCUAUCUCGGAUCUGUAAAGGUGUGUGUGUGUGUGUGUGUGUGUGUGUGUGUGUGUGUGUGUGUGUGUGUGUGUGUGUGUGUGUCUGUUGGUGCGUCUGAAAGGAAGACAGUCACAUGCUUUGACGAUCACUUUACUUUGCCGGAAACUCUCCGCAGGUGGUACUAAAUUAGCUUUCUGUCGUCACUGCACAGAGAAAGUAACAGUCCAUUUCGACUGGGGUCUGGACCGCUGUUGGUGCCUUAGUGUCUUGUUAGGCGUAUUUCGCGCACAUUGGUUACGUCUUGUGGAGCACUUCGCAUGGUCGAUGACCCCACUGAUACUGUUACUUGGGGGCGCAGAUGCUGGAAUCUUACAUUACGACUGUCGAGAUACUUACUAUGUCGCAGUAUAUAGGGUACUAUAGCACAUGAAAAAGUGCUAAGAUACACCGAGUAUGCAAUAAGCUUGAAACCCAA